CCAUUUAAGAGAAAUGGUUAUGCCAAUUCUAUGCAAACUUUUGAACCACCUCUCUGAGGAAAACAAAAAAAAAGAACUUACUUUGUAACAUGCUAUUCUCUGAUAAAAUCUUCAAUACCCACAUCUCAAUUUCUCUAAUUCAGCACCUGUGAAUUUAGACUGCAAGAAUGGAAAGCACCGACUCAUCAUCCGGUUCGCAGCAACCGAACCUUCCGCCAGGCUUCCGGUUUCACCCUACUGAUGAAGAAUUAGUGGUUCAUUACCUCAAGAAAAAGGCAUCCUCUGCCCCUCUACCGGUGGCAAUUAUAGCAGAGGUUGAUCUUUACAAGUUUGAUCCGUGGGAAUUACCAGCGAAGGCAACAUUUGGAGAGCAGGAAUGGUAUUUUUUUAGUCCUAGAGACCGGAAAUACCCCAACGGAGUGAGGCCAAACAGAGCAGCAACUUCAGGGUAUUGGAAGGCAACCGGAACUGAUAAACCUGUGUUAACUUCUGGAGGUACCCAAAAGGUUGGUGUUAAAAAAGCACUGGUGUUCUAUGGAGGUAAGCCGCCAAAAGGAAUCAAAACCAAUUGGAUUAUGCAUGAGUAUCGGUUAGCAGAUAAUAAAGUCAGCAACAAGCCCCCAGGAUGUGACUUGGGCAACAAGAAAAACUCCUUAAGGCUUGACGAUUGGGUUUUAUGUAGAAUAUACAAGAAAAAUAACACAAAUCGACCAAUGGAUCAGGAAAAAGAUGAUUCAAUGGAAGAUAUGCUUGGAUCAAUACCUCCUUCAUUAACAAUCGGCAGCCAACAGAAUGCAAGACUACAGCUACUAAAAGGCACAAACUAUGGAACAUUGGUAGAAAACGACACCAGUUUUUUUAACGAUCACAGCAUUAGCAACACUAACUCUAUCUCUCAAUUGGCCUCUUCAACAUGCUCUAGGCCUGGAGACCUAUCUAUGUUACCACUUAAAAGAACCCUCCCGUCUCUGUAUUGGUCCGACGACGUUGACAUGGCUGCUAGUCCUUCAUCAAGCAAGAGAUAUCAAGGGGAUCACACUGGUGAUGAAAGUGUUGUUAGGAGUGAUGGGAAUGGUUCAUUUGUCUCUCUGCUGAGCCAACUUCCACAGACACCUCCAUUGCAUCAACAACAAGCAACGUUAGGGUCAAUUGGAGAUGGGAUUUUUAGGCCACCAUAUCAACUCUCUGGCUUGAAUUGGUAUUCUUGAAUCUUGAUUUAUUUUCAAGUGGUGGGUCUUAUACCUAUAUAUAAAUACAGUAUCUAGCCGAUUCAAUCAGAGUAGAAUGGGAUCAGAAGAAAAAGAAAAUGACAUGUUAUAUAUAUAUAAAUACUUGUUCAUAUACAUACAGUCAAGAGACUAGAUGCAUCAGCUUUAGUUUGGGUUGUUGAGAUUUUGGUUAUUAGGCAAGAAAUUGAAGAGUAUAUUCAGUGGCCUGCUGUAGCUUCCUUCCAGUGUAACAUGUAGCUGCCAUUUUCAGGUGAGGUCAUCAAUAUGUACUCUCAGAUAUAUAAAUUUCAUAUAUUUAGACAUAUAGAAUUCCAUAACAUAUACUUACUAUUAUGAUUAGAGAAGCAAAGAAAUAUUUUAGAUCAUCAUCUGAUCAUGUAGAAAAAUAAAAAUUGAAUUAUAGCCAAUAUAUAUUUUGAUUUUGGGUACACUUAAUAUUGUAUCUGUAUAUAGAAGUGAUUGUAGAACUCUUAUUAUUAAUUAAAUUUCUUAUUUUUAAGAAAUCAUUGGUUAAUUAUUGUACAUCAAUUUAUGAAUUGCUUUUAUUCAAUCUCUGAA